AUGGCGACCGAAACCCUAGAGGCGAAUACAACGGUACCGGAUCCUCCGCCGAAGGAAGAACACUGUGUUGCCAAUUCCGUGAAGGAGACGGCGAAAAAGGAAGCUCCGGCAAGUGACGACGACGCAGACAUGGAGGAGAAAGGCGAAGUAGAUGAUGGAGAAAUCGAUGAGGAGGAAAUCACUGGAAAAGAAGGUAAAUCGUCGGAGAAGGAGCCGGUGACACCCGUCAGUGAGAGGCCCACAAGGAUUAAGAAGAAAGUGGAGCGUUUCAUUUUGCCCACUCCUUCUCGAUCCUCAGGGAGCAAGCCUGUGUCAAUUGAGCAGGGUCGUGGAACACAGCUUAAGGAAAUUCCAAAUGUGGCUUAUAAACUAUCCAAGAGGAAACCUGACGACAAUCUCUUCCUACUUCACACCAUACUUUUUGGGAAGAAAGGAAAGGCGCAGACGCUGAAGAGAAACAUUGGUCAGUUUUCGGGUUUUGUGUGGACAGAGAAAGAGGAGGAGAAGCAAAGAGCAAAAGCAAAGGAGAAGCUUGAGAAAUGUAUUAAAGAGAAGUUGAUUGAUUUCUGUGAUGUGUUUGACAUACCGAUUAACAAAAGUAAUGUCAAAAAGGAAGAACUAACUGUAAGAGUGCUUGAGUUUUUGGUGAAUCCAAAGGCAACAAGGGAUAUUGUACUGGCUGAUAGUGAAAAGGAAUCUAAAAAACGCAAGAAGAGCACACCAAAAAACGUGACUUCUGCAGAGUCAUCAGAUGUCCCAGCCAAGAGAAGAAGGCAGACGAAAGAGUCUGGAAAGAAGCAAGAUCAGCCAUCUCAAGCUGAAGAAGGGAAGGAUGAGGGAGAUGUUGGUUCCGAAGGAACUAAUGACUCUCAUGGAGAAGAUGAUGCAGCUCCAGAGAAAGCUGAAGAGAAAAAGUCAACCGACAAGAAAAGGUCGUCGAAAAGGACUAAGAAGGAGAAACCAGCACCUCAAGAGGAGAAAUCUCUUAAACGUUCUUCAAAAUCUGGUGGAAGAUCCUCCAAACAAGUCGAGAAACCAACAUCAUCAUCAAGCAAAAAGCAAACAGCUGAUAAAGACAGUUCCUCUAAAGAGAAAGGCAAGAAGCAGGCGAGUAAACAAGAGGGAAAGGGAUCCAAAGAUCAAGAAAAAGCCAGCAAGAAAGGUAAAACAGAACCCACCAGAAAAGAAAUGCUUGUAGUGGUGGCUGAAAUUCUGAAAGAAGUAGACUUCAAUACGGCAACUCUAUCUGAUAUCCUGCGGAAGCUUGGGAGCCAUUUUGGAGUUGAUCUAAUGCAUAGAAAAGCAGAGGUGAAGGAUAUCAUCACAGAUGCCAUUAAUGAGAUGAGUGAUGAUGAUGAAGGAGAGGAAAACACAGAGGAUGAAAAUGAGAAGGAGAAAGAAGAGAAAGAACGAAAGGGUUAG